CCCUGUAGCCUCUGUCCCCAACCAUCCACUUAUUAUUUGAUUUAUGUCUGUUUCGCUGCCCUUACAGUGACCCUGAGGGAGGGCUGUGUGGGAAGUUGGUGUGUGAGAUUAUAGAGAGGGCUGAUGUAGCUGUGGGCUCUGCAGAGCGUCUGGAGCCUGAGUAUAUGCACAGAGACUGAUAAAUAGCCAGGAGAAAGACAUCAGGCUUAAUUAGACUUUCAAACUUACAGUGGUGCCUACAUCUGGAGAUACCAGUGCUCAUCCAUACUGCAUAUAUGCUCUAACAUUAGAGGGCUGUGACAGAGUUGUUCUGGGUCUUCUAGCAGAAAAAUCCUGGUGAUGUUGGAUUCAGAGAACCCACCUUAUGUGGAUUUCUCUGAAGAACACUGCAAUCAACUGGUGUUAAUGAGACAGUGGGGAGCACUGGACCAGACCAUGGCAAACAGCUAUGUAACAGUUUCUGAUACAUACUGUCUUGCAGAGCCUCUUCCCUAUUAUGAUGUCCUGCCAGAGCACAUUAAUUAUCAACUCCCUGAUUCAGACUUCCAGGCGACUCCAUAUUGUCAGUAUACAAAUGUGCCUUAUUCCCCUGUGAUGCAAUCCCCAUCACCACAAUGUCACUACAGUGCAUACAGUUUGGAAAGUACAUAUAGUGAUGGGCAGUAUGUCCUGAGCACGUGUGAUUUGAGUAAACCAACCAACACCAUGUCUCAAAGUGUAGAGGAGAUAUACCCUACAAUGAAGAGGCCCAGGAUUAGUUCCACCAUCCGGAUGAAAGGACAUGAGGAACUUUGUGUUGUGUGUGGAGAUAAGGCAUCUGGGUAUCACUACAAUGCACUUACCUGUGAAGGGUGCAAGGGUUUUUUCCGCCGUAGUAUUACCAAAAAUGCAGUGUACAGAUGUAAAAAUGGUGGACACUGUGAGAUGGACAUGUAUAUGCGGAGGAAGUGUCAAGACUGUCGUCUGAAGAAGUGUAAAGCGGUUGGCAUGCUUGCAGAAUGUUUGUUAACUGAAGUCCAGUGCAAGUCAAAGAGGCUCCGGAAAAACUACAAGCAAAAUAGCUCAAUUUUUUGUAAUGUAAAAGUGGAAGAUGAUGGAAGUGACAGCAGACAUGUGUCAUCAACAACAAAGUCAGCCAAGGUAGCAUCUCGAGUGGAGUUGACAGCUGAGGACUGUAAAUUGAUUGAUCAUAUAGUCACUGCCUAUCAAAAGUAUGGCAUCCCGCUAGAUGACCACACAUUGUGUCUAGAAGAAUCAGCAAAUCCAGAAGAGAUAUUCUACCAUAUCUCUGAAGCAGCUGUAAUGCACGUGCAAGCCCUGGUGGAAUUUACGAAGAGACUCCCAGGAUUUGAAAUGUUGGAUCAUGAUGACCAGAUUGCUCUUCUCAAGGGAUCCACUGUUGAAGCUAUGUUCUUGCGUUCAGCACAAAUAUACAAUCAACAAGCAACAGGAUGUUCAUUGCCAGAAAAUGAUGGACUUGCAAGAUACCAAAGCCAUGCAGCCGAAUAUUACCACAUUCAGGAUUUUGACAGAUGCCCGCUCUAUUCUCUAGAAACUACUCCUCGACAAACUGUUCAAGCAUUCAAUACAGAUAUUACCGAAGAUUUUAUUAUUCCACUUUUCAACUUCUACAGAAGCAUGGGCUCCCUUAACGUGACAGAAACAGAAUAUGCUUUACUUUCUGCAACUAUCGUGUUCUUUUCAGACCGCCCGUUUUUAAAGAACAAGAACUGUGUUGAAAAACUGCAAGAGCCUCUUUUAGGAAUUUUACACACGUAUUCAAAACUCUACCAUCCAGAAGACCCACAACAUUUUGCACGACUGACUGGACGGCUGACAGAGCUAAGGACCCUGAAUCACAACCACUCAGAAGUGCUAAUAUCAUGGAAAACCAGAGACACCAAGCUUACCUCAUUGCUUUAUGGUGGCUGGGACUUCCACUGAGCUGAGAACUGAGAAGACAGCAUCAGCCUAAAUACCUACUGUUUCUAAUUUAUGUAAAUGCCUCAUUUAAGAUGUUGGACAUUGUUUUUCAUGCCAAUAGAUUUUUUAAAAACAUUAUUUCAAAAAAUAAAUCUAACUGGUUACUGCA